AUGCAAUCUGAGCCGAAUAAAGAACCGAAGUUUCUUCGCGAAGUUUUAUCUUCUCUCAAUUCAAGUCCGGCGGACGGUAUAAUAUCAGCGCCGUUUUUAAUGAUGUCAGACGAAUUUCAACGUCAAAAUGUUCUCAACUUCGCCAUGGGUCUGCUUCGAAAAGCUCUUCUUGAUUCGCGAGUAGGAUGGGUACUCCGUGCUAUGUUCGGUCCAAGGGAACGUGCUCUCACUGCCGAGGAGAUAAUAUCUCUCAAUAGUCGCGCGUUUCCUCAAAACUCGAAACUUCCGGAUAAUUUUCUCGAAAUCUUCAAAGGGUUGCCUCGAGUGCCAAUGGAGAACAUGUUGAGGGAACUCGGAUGGAAAGAUAUUUACAAUCUGCAAUUAGUAGCUGGUCCAUUCACCCAAUAUGUCGAAAAUGGUCGGCGUAACUAUCCUAUGAAUGAACUGGUGCAAGGAGCGGUCAAGCUUAACGGAACAGAGUCGGUGACGGUCCUGCGAUUCAAUAGAAGACUGACCAUCAACCAUGAACAGUUUUCCAAGAGUUUGCGGACUGUGAACUUGAGAACUUUAUUGAUAAAACAAGCAGGAACAGUUCGUGCUGCAUCAUUUCAUAUUCCGGAACUACGAUGCUUCAAACUGGAAAUUCGUUUCUAUCGUCCAAUAGAUGAACAACCAGAGGCUGAAGACGAGCUGGCCCAGGUGAUGGAGCAGAUUAUUGUCAACCCGCACAUCUCCCACCUUAAUAUCAUCUGCAGAAGAUUCGCAGAGUCAUCGGACCUGUCUGAUCGCUUAUAUGAAAUCGCUCGACGAGGACCGCAUCUCACUCCAGCGUUGACCCAUAUUUCUAUUAUUCCUCCAUAA